AUGGCGAUUCGAAACCAGCUUCGGCUUUUGCUCACAGCGGGCUCGCUUGUCACGGCGGCCGUCGCAAACCCGCUGCCGAAGCCGCUCGGAGAUGACACCGACGACCUGCCCCUUCCGCUUGUGAUUUGGCACGGUCUCGGCGAUACCUACGCAGCCGAGGGGAUCCGCGGGGUGGGCGAGCUGGCCGAGGCGAUCCACCCCGGCACGCUCGUUUACAACAUCCGCAUGGACGACGACGCGUCCAAGGACCGGUCCGCGACCUUCCUCGGCAACGUGACGGAGCAGAUCGAGAAGGCGUGCGCCGACAUCGCUGCGCACCCGAUUCUCUCGACGGCGCCAGCCAUCGACGCGCUGGGCUUUAGCCAGGGCGGCCAGUUCCUCCGCGGCUACGUCGAGCGCUGCAACAGCCCGCCCGUGCGCAGCCUGGUGACGUUCGGCUCGCAGCACAACGGCAUCAGCGCCUUCCGCGAGUGCCCGACGUCGGACUGGGUGUGCCGCGUGGCCAUGGCGCUGCUCAAGGGCAACGCCUGGAGCAGCCUGGUGCAGAGCCGCCUGGUGCCCGCCCAGUACUACCGCAACCCGGAGCAGUACGACCAGUACCUGGAGCACUCCAACUUCCUGGCCGACAUCAACAACGAGCGCGCCGCCAAGAAGGCCGAGUACAAGGAGAACAUCAGCAAGCUCGAGAAUUUGGUUUUGUACAUGUUCGCCGACGACAAGACGGUCGUGCCCAAGGAGACGGCCUGGUUCGAGGAGGUCAAUGGCACCGAGAUCACGCCCCUGCGCGCCCGCAAGCUCUACUCGGAGGACUGGAUCGGCCUGCGCGAGCUCGACCGCAAGGGCGGCCUCCAGUUCAAGACGGCGCCCGGCGACCACAUGGAGCUGUCCGAGAAGGUGCUCAACGAGACGUUUGCCGAGUUCUUCGGGCCGCUAAAGCUCAAGAACAAAGUUUCGCCGCCAGUACAACUUGGGCACGGGGACCUUUGA